AUGGUGCUGGUUGGUGACGUGACAGAUCGGGUAGCUAUCCUAGUGGAUGAUAUGGCCGAUACGUGCGGCACUAUUUGCCAUGCGGCAGAUAAACUGAUGGAAGCCGGUGCCACCAAGGUGUAUGCCAUUCUUACACAUGGAAUAUUCAGCGGGCCAGCUGUUUCGCGGAUAAAUAACGCUUGCUUUGAGGCCGUAGUUGUUACGAAUACUAUCCCUCAGGGUGGACAUAUGAAGGAUUGUCCUAAGAUUCAGUGUAUCGACGUGUCCAUGAUGUUUGCUGAGGCUGUCCGCCGAACUCACAACGGCGAAAGUGUUUCCUAUCUGUUUUCGAACGUUCCCUAUUAA